UUUGCACUUCACGCCGCAAAAUGGAGACCCUCCGCACAGCCAUCAUGGUUACCGGAGUACCCAAGAAGGAACACUGUAGCAAUGAGACCAACUACGUAGAUCUUGGGAGCACCAACACGGUGAAAGUCACAUUUACCGGUGAGAGAAAACAGCGAGCCAUAUUCAAGCGUAAAGGGAACCAUGUGGAAGGUCGUGCAGAUCAAAGGAAGGACAGACAGGACAGUUCUUCCAAUCUGUCAGAAAAGGAUUUAAAAAUUGAAAGUUUCCUUGAGCCGGAGACUGCUGUGACGUGCCAUGAACCGGAGGAAACGGUUUACACUGACAUGUAUUUGAACAGCAGGUGCGAGUCGGAGUCUGAAGACGGCAAUCCCGAUGAAAGCGAACACGACAUGCCUGUGGCCGAGGAAACGGAAUCACACUACAUAACAACACAUGAGAUUCAGCUCACUGAACUGGACCACGACAUGGACCACGAGCUCGGCCGUGCCCCCAGCUCGUGCUGGGAUUACGAAGAUGACAAUCUUGUGUACUCGUUUGUGGACUAUGCAUCUUUUAAGAGUGGUGAGCAGUCUAUCGGGGAUAGGGGUCAACGGAGAGCAACGAGCAGCCGUCCACCGAAACUGGCUGCUACCAAAUCGCUGAUCAGCACUGAGAGUGAGUGUGCGAGUUCGGAUGAUGGUGCACGCAAUACUACAGGACAAGUUCACGUAUCAGUUGAAGCCUCAUCCCAAAAUGUGAGCCAAUCUGUUCGGCCAUCCUUUGAUGAGAGCGAGCUUUUGCAUUGUUAUCGUAAAACACAAGAAAAGACAGAGGUGCCGUAUGACAGUCACGUGCACUAUUUCAUUCCUGCGCCAGGGCGCCAGCAUCUGGCUAGCAAACUGAUGAAGGGCAAAGAUGUCACUGAGUACUCAAGCGGUGCGUCGAGUUCUGUGAGCGAGCUCGACGAUGCCGAUAAGGAAGUCCGAAACCUGACGGCGAAGUCUUUCCGGAGCCUUGCGUGUCCUUACUUUGACACCAUUGACCUCAGACCAUCUAGUGAAUCCUCUUUUUCAGAGCACAGCCUGUGUAUGAACAAAUGGUCCACUUUAAUGGAUUUCAAUUACAAGAAUUACAUGACAGAGGGUGGGGUCUAUAAUGAACACAAAAAUUCUAUGUGCUCGGUGGAAAUGAAACAGCAUACGGAUAGUGGAACCGCUAACGUGAACAGUGCCGCCGAAUCAGGAACCCCCCAGACCCUGACAUUGAAAUAUAAAAGCUGUGAUACUGAAAGCGGCACGAAAUGCACACAGGACGUAUUGAGUAACUGCAAUGCAACAACAACCCAGUUAUGUGAACAGACAGAGGUUGGAAUGGAAGCAGUGCACACCAAAGCUGUUUUUGCCUCGAGCGUCCUGCAAAACAGUAUUUCCAAGAAGAUGCAGUCUGAGCAAGAGGGCAAGUUGGAGCUCGGUGAAGUACGUGGUGUGGAACAUGUAGACUCACCACCAAAAGUGUUGCAAAGAUCACCAUCAGAAUCAGGAUCUCUACACUCGGUUAUCUCAUUGGAAGAAGUUGUGGACAGUUUGGACGCCACUUUCAAAAAGGAAGAUGAAGAAGAGGAAAAGGAGACAAGCAAAACAUCAUGUCCACCUACAGUAGAAAACAUCGAAAAAGCACUGCUGGAGGAACACCGAAUUUGCAAGGAAAUAAAUGAGGCCUUAGAACCCAAAGUGCAUAAAAGUGAUGUCACGGCCACAACAAUGCCGAUCGCAGCACCAAAAAAAAGCGAGAAAACAUGUGUCGACGUCACAGAUAACAAAACAACAAAAAUGUCACACUUAUACGUUACUGGGUCACAUUUCCUUUUAAAAGAAAAGGAAGUACUGGAACCACCCACUGACCAAUCAGACGGAAAGAUAACAAGCGCCGCGGAUGCUUCAAGCAGCAGCAAGGCUCCAGAAAUCACAAUCCGUCUGCGCAGUUUCAAGGAGAACAAAACCAACCCCAAGCGUCCUUUUAACAUCGCCAGCCUCCUGACACCGAACCUUGCCAAGCACAACAGAGACACCAAGAGCGAAAAGGUUCCACAUUUUACAGUAAGGGACGUCCGAGACAGCAGGUGUAAACUCCAAACACCAAUCCAUCAGGUGAGAGAUGUGCGCAAACUGGUCAAGAGCUCAUACCGGUUAGUGUCUUUGGAAAGCAGCCAGAAUAAAUCCACAUCUCACGAAGAAAGUUACAGCAUCAAAAAAGAACCAGAUAAAAGCGAAAAGAAAGAAAAGAUGCCCAUGGUGAUCAAAUGCCAUUCAGUGAACACUAAUAUGAACAUGAAUGCAAAUUCAAGCAGACAGAACGACCCGGAAAGCGAAAGGUCACAGAUGCAGCAAGUCUCCGAGCAGCAGGAGAUGCAGAUGAAGUUGGCCAGACGGAAAGAAAGCUUCGAUAAACGGGGGGAGUGUAAAAUGGCAAACCAGGUGGCGCUUGAGAAACUUAAGGCGGCUGUAAAGACCAUGGAGCAGCUUUACGUGUUUGACCGGAAUGAGUGGCGGCGCAAGACAGAGCCACCACAACCGGUGACACACAGCCAUGUACUCUCACUAAUAACUAGCGAGGAGCAAGGAGUCGAUGGUGAGCGGCUGGCAAAAGCAGAACCUAACAAAGUUCCAACUCCUGGUGUGGGCACGAGCUUCACCAAAACAAUCACGCAUCAUCUGCAGCAGGAUGCUCCCAAGAUCCAGUGUUCCAAUGUCCACAGUAACAUCUCUAGCUCCACAAAAAAACCCUUCCAAAUCUGCCCCUCGAAAAGCAUCACAGAGAAAAGAAACAGGGAUGAGGGCGGAGCCGGAGUCAGAGUCACAACCUCGACACCUAGAUCUCAACCGACACCUGCACUGGAUUCGGAAAAUUAUCUAACCAUCCCAGUUAAGUCGUGCCCCUUGGAGACAAAACCCCAUGCCCAGGAACAAACCCUCAACCCUGCACCUCAUCCUCAGGUUCUUCAGGGGCCCCGCCCACCUCUUCAGCGCUCACCAGUCAUCACAGACUCAUGGUCUCCUGAGAGCCCAACGCUGACCUUCUUCCAGCCUGCUCAAAUCGUCUGUGUCACCCCCCCAAUGGACCCGCUCACGUCGAACACCCAACGCAAGCUCCUACUGGAUCCCAUAACGGGGCAGUACUACCUGGUGGACACGCCCAUCGCCCUUCAGCCAAUCACGCAGAGACUCUAUUGCCCCGAGAGUGCUCAGUAUCUGGACGUCCCGGUGGCCCUGAGCCCAGCAGCGUAUCUCAUCUGUCCACCGCCGUUUGUACAACCGCAGUCGCCUCCCAUUUGUGAGAGCGCGGGCACGGGGGCGGACACGACAGUGGGCGGGGCUAAAACAGGCAUCAGUAUCACCUCACAGCAAGGACCACGCAUUGUGGCUCCGCCCUCUUUCGACGGCACAACAAUGAGCUUCGUCGUGGAGCACAGAUGAGCACAGAGAGUGUCUGGGUUGUGUGUGUGUGUGUGUGUGUGUGUGUGUGUGU